UCCAGCCCCCUCUCGAUCAGCCGCUCACUCCGUCUCAAUAUGUCUCAAGAUGGCGGCCAAUGUGGGAUCGAUGUUCCAAUAUUGGAAGCGCUUUGAUUUACAGCAGCUGCAGAGGGAACUCGAUGCCACCGCAACAGUAUUGGCGAACCGACAGGAUGAGAGCGAGCAGUCUCGGAAGCGGCUCAUCGAGCAAAGCAGGGAGUUCAAGAAGAACACUCCAGAGGAUCUGCGCAAGCAGGUAGCGCCCCUUCUGAAGAGCUUCCAAGGGGAGAUCGAUGCACUGAGUAAAAGAAGCAAAGAGGCUGAGGCUGCCUUCUUGAACGUGUAUAAGAGACUGAUCGAUGUCCCAGACCCCGUGCCCGCCCUGGACCUCGGGCAACAGCUCCAGCUCAAGGUGCAGCGGCUACACGACAUUGAGACAGAGAACCAGAAGCUUCGGGAGACGCUGGAUGAGUACAACAAGGAGUUCGCAGAAGUGAAGAACCAAGAGGUUACGAUAAAAGCACUUAAGGAGAAAAUCCGAGAAUAUGAGCAGACUCUGAAGAACCAAGCUGAAACCAUCGCUCUUGAAAAAGAACAAAAGUUACAAAAUGAUUUCGCAGAGAAGGAGAGGAAGCUGCAGGAGACGCACAUAUCUACCACCUCGAAGCUGGAGGAAGCAGAGCAUAAAGUCCAAAGUCUGCAAACAGCCCUGGAAAAAACUCGAACUGAAUUAUUUGACCUGAAAACCAAAUAUGAUGAAGAAAUAACUGCCAAGGCUGACGAGAUGGAAAUGACCAUGACAGAUCUGGAAAGAGCCAACCAGAGGGCAGAGGUGGCACAGAGGGAGGCGGAGACGCUGAGGGAGCAGCUCUCCUUGGCCAACCACUCCCUACAACUGGCCUCACAGAUCCAGAAGGCACCGGACGUGGAGCAGGCUAUAGAGGUGCUGACCCGCUCCAGUCUGGAGGUGGAGCUGGCAGCCAAGGAGCGGGAGAUUGCGCAGCUGGUGGAAGACGUGCAGCGGCUCCAAGCUAGUCUGUCCAAGCUGCGGGAGAACUCGGCCAGCCAGAUCUCCCAGCUCGAGCAGCAGCUGAGCGCCAAGAACAGCACCCUGAAACAACUGGAAGAAAAACUGAAAGGCCAGGCCGACUACGAGGAGGUGAAGAAGGAGCUGAACAUCCUCAAAUCCAUGGAGUUCACCCCAGCCGAGGGCGCUGGGGCCCAGGACUCAUCCAAGCCCUUAGAGGUGCUGCUGCUGGAGAAGAACCGCUCGCUGCAGUCGGAGAACACCGCGCUUCGCAUCUCCAACAGUGACCUGAGCGGGUCAGCCAGGAGAAAAGGGAAAGACCAGCCCGAGAGUCUGCGUCCGGGACCCCUGCCGGCCUCCCCUCCUUCUCAGUUACCCCGCAGCCUGGGGGAACAGGCGUCCAGUACUAAUGGUACACACCAGUUCUCACCAGCGGGGUUAACGCAAGACUUUUUCAGCACAUCCCUGGCAAGCCCCAGCCUACCCCUGGCUUCUACGGGAAAAUUUGCACUAAAUUCUCUCCUCCAACGGCAGCUCAUGCAGUCCUUCUACUCCAAGGCCAUGCAGGAAGCAGGAAGCACAAGCGUGAUUUUUUCAACAGGUCCAUACAGCACAAACUCCAUAUCUUCCCAAAGCCCGUUACAGCAGAGCCCGGAUGUCAAUGGCCUGGCCCCGUCCCCCAGCCAGUCCGAGGGCGCUGGCAGCGUCUCCGAGGGUGAGGAGAUGGACACAGCCGAAAUUGCCCGGCAGGUGAAAGAGCAGCUUAUCAAACACAAUAUCGGACAGCGCAUUUUCGGACACUAUGUCUUGGGACUGUCUCAGGGCUCUGUGAGCGAGAUUCUGGCCCGGCCCAAGCCCUGGAAUAAGCUGACAGUGCGUGGCAAGGAGCCGUUCCACAAGAUGAAGCAGUUCUUGUCCGACGAGCAGAACAUUUUGGCACUUCGAAGCAUCCAGGGGCGGCAGAGAGAGAAUCCAGGCCAGAGCCUGAACAGACUAUUUCAGGAAGCACCGAAGCGAAGAAAUGGGUCUGAAGGAAACAUCACCACCCGGAUUCGUGCCUCCGACACUGGGUCUGAGGAAGCAAUCAAAUCCAUCCUGGAGCGAGCCAAGAGGGAGCUGCAGGUCCAGAAAACUGCCGAGCCAGCCCCGCCGUCCUCCUCGGCCACCAGCAGUGGCACCUCAGAUGACACUAUCCGCUCCAUUCUGCAGCAGGCCCGCCGUGAGAUGGAGGCCCAGCAGGCCGCCCUGGACCCCGCCUUAAAGCCGCCGCCCCUGGCCCAGAGCGACAUGGCCAUCCUGACCCCCAAGCUGCUGCCCGCCACGCCCCUGGCCGCCGUACCCAGCUACUCGCCCCUCGCCAUCUCCCUGAAGAAGCCACCUGAGGCCAGCACAGCCACCCUGCCCACCCCGCCAACCAUCAAAAAGGAGACCCAGGACACCACAUCGGGCCUGGACCCACAGGGAGCACCCGAGGCCGCCCCAGGGGUGCUGCGGCACGUAAAGAACGAAGUGGGCCGUGGUGGCGUGUGGAAGGACCACUGGUGGAGCAGUGCGCCCCCCGAGAGGAAGGGCCCUGCGCCUCCUGAUGAUGCCAAGGGCGACGAAGCAGGUGGCGGGAAGGAAAAGGGCAGCGGCCCAGCGCGGGCAGAGCGUGGCCCGCUUCAGGGACCCUCUUCAUCCGAGUACUGGAAGGAGUGGCCCAGCGCCGAGUCGCCCUACUCCCAGAGCUCGGAACUGAGCCUCACCGGCGCCAGUCGCAGCGACACACCCCAGAACAGCCCCCUGCCGUCCUCCCCCAUCGUGCCCCUGGCCAAGCCCACCAAGCCCGCCGUACCCCCGCUGACCCCCGAGCAGUACGAAGUAUACAUGUACCAGGAGGUGGACACCAUCGAGCUCACCCGGCAGGUGAAGGAGAAGCUGGCUAAGAACGGCAUCUGCCAGCGCAUCUUUGGGGAGAAGGUGCUGGGCCUAUCGCAGGGCAGCGUCAGUGACAUGCUGUCACGGCCCAAGCCGUGGAGCAAACUCACGCAGAAAGGCCGAGAGCCCUUCAUCCGGAUGCAGCUCUGGCUCAGUGGCGAGCUGGGCCAGGGUGUCCUGCCCGUGCAGGGGCAGCAGCAAGGGCCAGUCCUCCACUCCGUGACGUCACUCCAGGACCCUUUGCAUCAGGGCUGCAUGAGCUCAGAAAGCACUCCCAAGACCUCGGCCAGCUGCAGCCCCGCACCCGAGUCUCCCAUGAGCUCCAGCGAGUCCGUGAAGAGCUUGACGGAGCUGGUGCAGCAGCCCUGCCCGGCCAUUGACGCCGCCAAGGAUGGCAAAGCCCCUGAGCCCAGCGAGCCACCCGCCUCUGACUCGCAGCCCAGCACCCCGCUGCCCCUCUCCGGCCACUCUGCGCUCAGCAUCCAAGAGCUGGUGGCUGUGUCCCCUGAGCUUGACACCUAUGGAAUCACCAAGAGGGUCAAGGAAGUGCUGACGGACAACAACCUCGGUCAGCGUUUAUUCGGGGAGACCAUCCUGGGCCUCACCCAAGGUUCUGUGUCCGACCUCCUCGCCCGCCCGAAGCCCUGGCACAAGCUGAGUCUGAAGGGUCGGGAACCCUUUGUCCGCAUGCAACUCUGGCUGAAUGACCCCAACAAUGUGGAGAAGCUGAUGGACAUGAAGCGGAUGGAGAAGAAAGCCUACAUGAAGCGGCGGCACAGCUCCAUGAGUGACAGUCAGCCCUGUGAGGCGCCAGCCGUGGGCAUCGACUACAGCCAAGGCGCCAGCCCCCAGCCCCAGCACCAGCUCAAGAAGCCGCGCGUGGUGCUGGCCCCGGAGGAGAAGGAGGCACUGAAGCGGGCCUACCAGCAGAAGCCAUACCCGUCCCCCAAAACCAUCGAGGAGCUCGCCACGCAGCUCAACCUCAAGACCAGCACCGUCAUCAACUGGUUCCACAACUACAGGUCUCGGAUCCGCAGAGAACUGUUCAUCGAGGAGAUCCAGGCCGGGAGCCAGGGCCAGGCCGGGGCCAGCGACUCGCCGUCAUCCGCCCGGAGCGGCGGCCGGGCAGCACCCAGCUCGGAAGGCGACAGCUGCGACGGCGUGGAGGCCGCCGAGGGCCCGGGCGGCCCCGCGGACACCGACGAGCCGGGCGGCCCCGUGGCCGCCGCCAAGUCUCAGGGAGGAUCGGCCGAGGCGGCCGCGGGCCGGGACGAGCGCCAGGAGGCGGCCGACGGAGCCGGGGCCGACAAGGCCGAGCCGCCGCCGCUGCCACCUGCAGGGACCUCAGGGACGGCGGGUCCCGAGGCGGCUCAAGAGGAGGCCGGGCCGGGGGCACCGCAUCCCCAUCCACACCCGCACCCGCAUCCGCAGCCACCGCCCCCCGAGGCCGCCGCUGUCGACCCGCCGGUGCCAAACGCCGCCACCGCCGCCACCACCACCGGGGCGGACGCCGCUACCUCAGCCGCCGCCACCCAGGCCGCGGCCCGCAGCUCCGCGUCGCCCAGCACCAGCGCGCCCGGGCCUGCACCUGGGCCCGGGCCCACGCCCACGCGGCGGCCCAGCUCGCUGCAGAGCCUGUUCGGCCUCCCCGAGGCGGCGGGUGCCCGGGACUCGCGGGACAACCCCCUGAGGAAGAAGAAGGCCGCCAACUUGAACAGCAUAAUCCACCGCCUGGAGAAGGCCGCCAGCCGCGACGAGCCCAUCGAAUGGGAGUUCUGAGGGCAGGGCCGCGCCUUCCGUCCGUCCGUCCG